AUGCAGGCGUUCACCGUUUUCAAAGGCUCACCGAAUGGAGAGGUCGUGGAAAGUCGUAUUCAGCAUCCUGACCCUCAGGAGAAUGAAGUACUCGUCCAGAUCACUCAUUCCGGUCUUUGUGGAACCGAUGAACACUACAAAUGUGCCGACAUUGUGCUGGGACAUGAAGGGGCUGGGGUGGUCAAAGCAAUCGGUCGCAAAGUCACUUUGCUGAAGAUAGGAGACCGUGUAGGCUGGGGAUACGGACACGGCAGCUGUCGCCACUGCAAGUACUGCCUGCGCGGCGAGGAGCUAUACUGCAACCAACGGCAAAUCUACGGCGAGUCCAACACCCACCAAGGAUCUUUCGCUUCAGCAGCCAUCUGGCCAGAAGACUUCCUUUCCAAAAUCCCUGACGAACUAACCAACGCCGAAGCCGCUCCCCUAAUGUGUGCAGGGAGCGCCGUCUUCUCGCCCUUACAUAAAUUCCGCGUUGCGCCGACCGAGCGCGUGGGCGUGAUCGGGGUCGGCGGCCUAGGCCAUCUUGCGAUUCAGUUCGCGGCCAAAAUGGGUUGUCAAGUGGUGGUGCUGUCCACGACUGAGUCUAAACGGGAAGAAGCGUUGGCCCUUGGGGCUACUGAGUUCCAUGUUUUCGGAGAUUCCCACCCCCCUGUGCUGGAGCCUCUGGAUCAUUUGCUUGUCACGUCGUCGAGGCAGCCGAACUGGGAUGCUGUUUUCCAGGUUAUGGCUCCUGGGGGAACUAUCUAUGCUCUUACGGUGGAUAUGGGCGACAUGAAGGUCCCCUAUCUGCCCUUGGUUAUGAAGGCUCUGCGCAUUCAGGGUAGUCUGCCUGCGACUCGGGGAAGCCAACGCGAGAUGCUGGAUUUCGCUGCUCGGCACCGCAUAAAGCCUGUCGUGAUGACGUUCCCGUUGAGUCGGGAUGGAAUUGAGGAGGCGAUGGAGACACUUCGGGAGGGAAGAAUGAGAUAUAGAGGUGUUUUGGUCCAUGAGUGA